AUGACGGUGAGCACAGAACUUCAGGUGAGUUUAAGCAGGUACCUGAUCAAUGUUACCUUUGAAGGAAGGAACUUGUCUUUCAGUGAGGACGGCUACCAGAUGCACCCCAAAUUGGUUAUCAUCCUUUUGACCAAGUCAAGAACGUGGGACAGGGUGGGAUGGUGGAAGGACAAGCGCCUCAAGAUGAAAUAUUAUGUGUGGCCUCGUGCUGAGCUCUACCCUGACCGUGAGGAGCGGAAGGACGAUCAUCUUAGUAUAGUGACCCUAGAGGAAGCACCAUUUGUUAUUGUGGAAAAUGUGGACCCAUUAAGUGGUACCUGUAUGAGAAACACUGUCCCGUGCCAAAAAAGAAUUGUGACAGAGAACAAGACAGAUGAAGAAACUGCCUACAUCAAGAAAUGCUGCAAAGGUUUUUGUAUUGAUAUUCUCAAGAAAAUCUCAAAGUUUGUUAAGUUCACCUAUGACCUUUAUUUGGUAACCAAUGGCAAACAUGGGAAGAAGGUCAAUGGAACAUGGAAUGGAAUGAUAGGCGAGGUGGUCGCCAAACGGGCUUAUAUGGCAGUGGGAUCCCUCACCAUAAAUGCAGAACGCUCAGAAGUGGUAGACUUUUCUGUGCCCUUCAUUGAGACAGGAAUCAGUGUGAUGGUGUCACGAAGCAAUGGGACUGUCUCACCUUCUGCCUUCCUAGAACCAUUCAGUGCUGAUGUGUGGGUGAUGAUGUUUGUAAUGCUGCUUAUAAUAUCUGCGGUGGCUGUCUUUGUCUUUGAGUACUUCAGCCCUGUGGGAUACAACCGAUGUCUGGCUGAUGGCAGAGAGCCUGGUGGUCCUUCUUUUACCAUUGGCAAAGCAAUCUGGUUAUUGUGGGGCCUGGUAUUCAACAAUUCUGUACCAGUGCAGAAUCCCAAGGGAACUACUAGCAAAAUCAUGGUGUCUGUGUGGGCCUUCUUUGCUGUCAUCUUUCUGGCCAGUUACACUGCCAAUUUGGCUGCCUUCAUGAUCCAAGAAGAGUAUGUGGACCAGGUGUCUGGGCUGAGUGACAAAAAGUUCCAAAAUCCAAAUGCCUUCUCACCACCUUUCCGUUUUGGGACAGUUCCCAAUGGCAGUACUGAGAGGAACAUCCGCAACAAUUAUGAACUGAUGCAUAACUACAUGGUAAAGUUCAACCAAAGAUCAGUGCAAGAUGCACUAUCCUCAUUGAAGACAGGGAAGCUGGAUGCUUUCAUUUAUGAUGCAGCUGUGCUAAACUACAUGGCUGGCAGAGAUGAAGGUUGCAAGCUGGUGACCAUUGGCAGUGGGAAGGUCUUUGCUUCAACGGGCUAUGGCAUUGCCAUCCAGAAGAAUUCUGGCUGGAAGCGGCAGGUGGAUCUUGCAAUCCUGCAACUUUUUGGUGAUGGAGAGAUGGAGGAGCUGGAAGCUCUCUGGCUCACUGGCAUUUGUCACAAUGAAAAGAAUGAAGUAAUGAGCAGUCAGCUGGAUAUAGAUAACAUGGCAGGUGUCUUCUAUAUGUUGGGAGCAGCCAUGGCCCUUAGCCUCAUCACGUUCAUCUGUGAACAUCUCUUUUACUGGCAGUUCCGUCAUUGCUUCAUGGGUGUCUGCUCUGGCAAACCUGGUGUUGUCUUCUCUAUCAGCAGGGGUAUUUACAGCUGCAUCCAUGGAGUGGCUAUUGAAGACCGCCAUUCUUCUAUGAAUUCCCCCACAGCCACCAUGAACAAUACACAUUCUAACAUUUUGCGCCUGCUUCGUACUGCAAAGAACAUGGCAAACCUUUCAGGUGUCAAUGGCUCACCACAAAGUGCCCUGGAUUUCAUCCGUCGUGAAUCAUCUGUCUAUGAUAUCUCUGAACACCGCCGCAGCUUCACUCAUUCUGACUGCAAGUCUUAUAACAACCCCCCCUGUGAAGAGAAUCUUUUCAGUGAUUAUAUUAGUGAGGUAGAAAGGACCUUUGGCAAUCUACAGCUAAAGGAAAGUAAUGUUUAUCAAGACCAUUAUCACCACCAUCAUCGCCCCCAUAGCAUAGGUAGUGCCAGCUCCAUUGAUGGACUGUAUGACUGUGAUAAUCCACCUUUCUCUGCACAGCCUCGGUCUCUUAGUAAGAAGCCAUUAGAUAUUGGUUUGCCACCGGCCAAACAUGGCCAGCUAGGUGACCUUUAUGGCAAGUUAUCUUUCAAGAGUGACCGAUACAGUGGUGGAGGGGCACAUGAUGAUUUGAUUCGCUCAGAUGUCUCGGACAUAUCCACCCAUACAGUGACUUAUGGCAACAUUGAAGGUAAUGCUGCAAAAAGGCGAAAACAGCAGUACAAGGAUAGUCUAAAGAAGCGCCCAGCCUCAGCUAAGUCACGGAGAGAGUUUGAUGAAAUUGAAUUGGCCUACCGUCGGCGUCCCCGUUCCCCUGACCACAAGCGCUAUUUCAGGGACAAGGAAGGGCUAAGGGAUUUCUAUUUGGACCAGUUUCGGGCAAAGGAGAACUCACCACACUGGGAACAUGUGGAUCUGACAGAUAUCUAUAAAGAGCGGGGAGAUGACUUCAAGCGUGACACUAUAGGGGGAGUAGGGACAUGUACUAAUAGAACCCACCACAAACACGGGUCAGGGGACUUUGGAGCAAACAAUGAGCACAAGCACAGUGUUGUGAGUGGGGUACCUGCACCAUGGGAGAAAAACCUCACCAAUCUUGAUUGGGAGGAACGGCCAGGGGCAAAUUAUUGCCGUAGUUGCCCAUCUAAGCUGCAUAACUACACUCCAGCUGUGGUGGGGCAGAAUUCCACCCGCCAGGCAUGCAUCCGGUGUGAAGCCUGCAAGAAGGCAGGCAACCUCUAUGACAUCAGUGAGGACAACUCCCUCCAAGAGCUGGAUCAGCCAUCUGCUCCUGUGCCAGUGGCAACCAGCACUUCCACCACCAAGUAUCCUCAGAGCCCUUCCAACUCCGCCUCCAAGGUGCAGAAGAAGAAUCGCAACAAGCUCCGCCGGCAGCAUUCGUAUGACACGUUUGUGGAUCUGCAAAAGGAAGAUGCAGCCCUGGCCCCCCGCAGUGUAAGCCUGAAGGACAAGGGUCGCUUUUUGGAGGGAAGUCCCUAUGCCCAUAUGUUUGAGAUGCCAGCAAGCGAAUCCACCUUUGCCAACAACAAGUCCUCCGUGCCCACCACCAGCCACCACCACCACAACAAUCCUGGCAUUGGUGGUGGUUACAUGCUCAGCAAGUCACUCUACCCUGAUCGGGUCACUCAAAACCCUUUCAUCCCCACUUUUGGUGAUGACCAGUGCUUGCUCCACGGCACCAAAUCCUAUUUCUUCAGGCAGCCUGUGGUGGCAGGAGGGCCCAAGGUGAGGCCAGACUUCCGAGCCAUUGUCACCACCAACAAGCCGGUGGUCUCGGCCCUUCACGGGGCUGUGCCAGCCCGUUUUCAGAAGGACAUCUGUAUAGGGAACCAGUCCAACCCCUGUGUGCCUAACAACAAAAACCCCAGGGCUUUCAAUGGCUCCAGCAACGGGCAUGUUUAUGAGAAACUUUCCAGUAUUGAGUCUGAUGUCUGA